CGCGCGCCAUUUUCGAAGCAAAAAAGUGUAUUUUAGUGAAGAAAAAUGUCUGAUUCUGCAGUUGCGACGUCCGCUUCCCCAGUGGCUGCCCCACCAGCGCCAGUUGAGAAGAAGGUGGCCGCCAAAAAGGCUUCUGGAUCCACUGCCGCAAAGGCAAAGAAGGUCGCCGCGCCACCAUCUCACCCACCAACACAGCAAAUGGUAGACGCCUCUAUCAAGAACUUGAAAGAACGUGGCGGCUCGUCUCUUCUUGCAAUUAAGAAAUAUAUCACUGCCACUUACAAAUGCGAUGCCCAGAAACUGGCUCCAUUCAUCAAAAAGUAUUUGAAAUCUGCCGUGGUCAACGGAAAACUGAUCCAAACAAAAGGAAAAGGUGCGUCUGGUUCAUUUAAACUAUCGGCCUCCGCCAAAAAGGAUCCCAAGCCUAAAGCUACGUCUGCUGAAAAGAAAGUGAAAAGCAAGAAAGUAGUCGCCAAGAAGGCCGGAGCUGGAGCCACCACUAAGAAAGCUGCCGGAGCUGCUGAGAAGAAGCCCAAGGCAAAGAAGGCUGUGGCCACCAAAAAGACCGCCGAGAAAAAGAAAACCGAGAAGGCAAAGGCGAAGGAUGCCAAGAAAACGGGAACCGUUAAGGCAAAGCCAGCAGCAGCAGCAAAAGCCAAGUCUACUUCAGCAAAGCCAAAGGCAGCCGCCAAAGCACCAAAAGCCAAGCCGGCGGCUUCUGCCAAGCCCAAAAAGGUGGUGAAGAAGGCAGUUGCUCCCGCCACCGCUAAAAAGCCGAAAGCAAAAACAACGGCAGCCAAGAAAUAAACUGCGUACACGCUCGAUGUCGCUGUACAGUCGCAAUUUCAGAUUUCGAAAUCUGAGAUUCAUUUAAACAAGCCCUUUUCAGGGCUA